UCUGGGCCCUGAACAACCCCACAGUCCCGUCGUCCCGAGGGCUCUGAAAAUGCAAUGGUUGAGCUAUAGCAGCUAGAGAUGUCAAGAGAAUGCAGCGGGAGCGGGACUAUUUGCUUUGCAUCUCGCCUCUUUUGGCAGGCUUGCUGGCGAUGCCGACUGUGGAAGAGGCCACAUCAGGGCGCUUCCAUUGGCCUCGUCUCGUUUCCGCGAAAGACAUGCUGCGGACGUAUCGCUCGCUGGUGCUGACUCAGCCAUCGCUUGAAAGGGGAGAAUGGUGGCGCUUGAUCAGCUAUUUGUUCAUACACCAGGACUUGGAACAUCUUUUGAACAACAUCUGCGGAAUUCUUUGCAGUGGAUUCACAGUGUUCAACAACUGCGGUGUUGAAAUGGUCUACGGCAUCUUUUUCUGGAGCGGUGCUGUGGCCGGCUUGAACUCUUGGGGACGUACCUUCCAGACAGAAUCGCAGCUGGAGGCAUCUAUCCCCGCGGUGCCGAAGAGUCUGGGAUCUGCAGUGCCAGAAUCUGCACAGAUCUGGGACCGCUUCAGACACGCAGCCGCUAAGUGGACUGCUCCUAUCGUGAGCUCGAGAACGGAUUCAUAUGGUGCCUCCGGAGGAGUUUCGGGGCUGAUGGGCUUCACCCUGGGCCUCUCCCUGCGUCGCUUCUGGACGCUGCUGGGCCUGGCCGGCACCCGUGCCGCGCGAGACGCGUCGGAGCCAAGGGCGCGGCGUCAACGUGGACACGCGGGGCUGGAGCUGUUAGUGACAGGGUUGAACUUAUUCCAGACUGGCAAGUUUCUGCUGCAAGAAUGGGAGUCCAUUCGAGGAGAUCGAGGACUGACUGGAGUGGAUCAUGCUGGCCAUUUGACAGGCUUUACGUUUGGUCUAGUUUCGGCCCUGGUGACCAUGGCCUAGCGACUCGGUGCCGAGCGACGUUUGAAGCGGCAAGGAAAAUGACCUGC